UGCUUAGAAUCGCAGCUGCUGGUCCCGGGAGAUCGCCAUUGGCCCGCACGGUCGCCCGUCUGGAGGCUUGGGCGGGGCUGCGCGGGCCGACUGGAGCUGGAGAAACGCGGCUCCUUGGUCCGAACGACAGGUUCGGGGGUCUUGAGUCGCAAGGCGCCGGAGCGCGGGGGCUGGAUCCAGGGCAGGUCAGCGGCAUCGGGGGCCCCACGGCGCGGCCCGACUGCAGGCCACUGCCAUGGAACCAGGCAGCAUGGAGAACCUGUCCAUCCUGUAUCAGAGUCGUGAUUUUCUGGUGGUGAAUAAGCAUUGGGACGUGCGCAUCGAUAGCAAGACGUGGAGGGAGACGUUGACCCUCCAGAAGCAGCUGCGGCACCGCUUCCCUGAGCUGGCUGACCCAGACACCUACUAUGGCUUCAGGUUCUGCCACCAGCUGGACUUCUCCACCAGCGGAGCACUCUGUGUGGCCCUAAACAAGGCAGCUGCAGGCAGUGCUUACAAGUGCUUCAAGGAGCGGCGUGUCACAAAGGCUUACUUGGCUCUGGUUCGGGGGCAUAUCCAGGAGAGCCGGAUGACCAUCAAUUACGCCAUUGGCAGAAACAACACAGAGGGUCGGGCCCACACCAUGUGCAUCGAGGGCACCCAGGGCUGUGAGAACCCAAAACCAAGCCUCACAGAGCUGGUGGUCCUAGAACACGGGCUGUAUGCUGGUGACCCCGUCUCCAAAGUGCUGCUGCAACCCCUCACAGGCCGGACACACCAGCUGCGCGUGCACUGCAGUGCCCUCAGCCACCCCAUUGUGGGGGACCUGACCUAUGGGCAGGCCUCGGGCCGGGAGGAGCAGCCAUUCCGCAUGAUGUUGCAUGCCUUCUACCUGCGGAUCCCCACACAGGCUGAGUGUGUGGAAGCCUGCACACCGGACCCCUUCGUGCCUACCCUCGAUGCCUGCUGGAGCCCCCACACCCUGGUACAGCCGCUGGACCAGCUUGUCCAGGUCCUACAGGCUGCCCACGACCCUAAGCCCACAGAAGGGGACCCUGGGCCCUGCAGCCCUUCCGCGUGCCUGCCAGGGCCAGGCCGGCCCCCACCACCCCCUGCCACUCCCCCUGAGACAGAGGCGCAGCGGGCCUCAUGCCUUCAGUGGCUGUCAGAGUGGACACUGGAACCGGACAACUGAGAGUGCGGGCCUAGUGUUGGGGUGCAGGUGGGAACUUCCAGGUGGAAGGGAUCUGUGGGUUGGAACCCUAAGCCUGUCCCGAGCCAGAGGUGUCCCAGCCACUGAGGACUGAGGCUCCACCCCAACUGCAGCAGCCAAUCCUGAAGAAGGACAGGCAGGGCCAGCAGGAAGAGCCUGACAGCCGUGGUUAUGGAAGAUGACGGGCACAGGGUGGCAGUACCAGCCCCCAGCGGAAACCUAGGCCUGUCUGUCCUCCCAAAAUGCCUUUCUGGCUGGCUCCGAAGCUUCAUCCCCAGGACCUGUUUUGUAGAUCACCCAGGGGUCACCCUGAAAAGGACCUGGGCCAGCCCUUGCCUGGGCAGGCUCCUCCUGGGCUCCUAGUCCACUGUUCGAGCACCCUGUUCCUCGUUCUGCUCAGACCCUCUGUUGUAUCACCCCAGCUCUGCUGAGCCACCUCCACCUGCAAACCCUGACUUGUCCCCUGCCUGGCCAGUCUUGCUUUGUGCCUUGGCUUCUGCUGAGCUCUGCCCAUGGGCGUCCUGCCUCCACCCGCAUCCUGAUCAUCACACAUGGGGGAUAGUCUGGUCUGUCCCUUCUGGCCUGACAUAAGUGCUGCUCUAUGGGGUCCUCCCACGCAGCCACAGGUUGUUCGAUCUUGGCCUAGGAGCAAGGGCAGCCCCACUUCCACCUCUGCUGCUCCCUACAACAUGCCCAUAUCGCUCCAGCCAAAAGUGGGCUC